CUAUGAGCAUAUAAAGUGAAUAUAGUUAAAUACAUAGCUUUCCUACUGGAGAGGACUUCACAACACUAUAAAUCCUUGUUUGUUCGUCCAGUACUAAAGCAUGUUGUCUUCAGUGGUGUUACAGAUUCUACUGGCAGCUGCUGCAGUUAGAGCCAACCCUCUUUUCAGCGUCAUUGCAGAAGGUGAGACGGCCUUUGCUGAGCUUGUGUUGUCCAAGGGAAGCAACGAUGUGAAAGACGAUUUCACGGAGCAAUGGGUCCAACAGCGUGUGAACCACUUCGACAAUCUCGAUCGCCGCAUCUUCGCGCAGAGGUACUUUGUGAACGAGACCUACUUCAAGGCAGGCUCGGAUGGGCCUAUAUUCCUGUGUGUGGGUGGAGAGGGGCCCUCGCUAACGUCUAAGAGUGUCAAGAAUAGCGUGCACUGCAACGAUGCCGUCGAGCUCAUGCCUAAGGUGGGCGGUCUGAUGGUGUCCAUUGAACACAGAUACUACGGUAAAAGCUCGCCUACCAAGUCUUUCGAAACCGAGGACCUCCGCUACCUCUCCUCAAAGCAAGCUCUGGCAGAUUUGUCUGCCUUCCACACCCACAUUGUGAAGCGGUUCCGCUUGUCCAGCAAGAACAAGUGGGUGACCUGGGGUGGGUCGUACCCUGGCAUGUUAGCCGCAUGGGCCCGUCUGAAAUACCCCCACCAGUUCCAUGCCUCUAUCGCAUCCAGUGCCCCUGUGCGAGCCGAAUACGACUUCCAGGGCUACUACAACGUUGUUGGACAAGCCAUAGCCGAGCCGUUGGUCGGAGGGUCGGACGAGUGUCGUACUAUCAUUAGUGCAGCUCAUGCGGAGAUUGGAGAGCUGCUUGAGUCCAAGGACGGCCAGGCCGAAUUAAUCGAAUCCUUCCAUCUGUGUGGAGGAGCCGACGCUCUCAAGGAACCUCAGGCGCAGCGCACGUUCGCCGGCACGGGAGUGUUCUCAUUCGACUGGCAAGGAAACGAUCCCGCGUGUGAGAAGGAACUGUGCAACAUCGAAAAGAUCUGUGGAUUCCUCAGAGACGACAAGAGAAAGUCGGCGAGCCAUCGAGAGAAGGUCACACAACUGUCACUGGCUCUGCGAUACCCCGGGCACACCAUUGACACAUGUCAAGAUGUCAGUCCCAACGCCGUGACACCAUCCCUUAUGGUUGUCGGUGUUGAGGAUGGCAGUGACGGCGAACAGAACGACCGCAUGUGGCAGUUCCAGGUUUGCACCGAAGUCGGCUUCUUCCAAACCUGUGAGAAAAACACUGACUGCCCCUUCACCCAGGGCCUGCACACCAUCAAGACCUUCACGGACCAGUGUCAACAGCUGUUCAACAUCAGCCCUGCCGAAGUGCGCGAGAAUGUCGAUCUCACCAACGACUUCUACGGCGGUGACCGUAUCCAGGGCUCUCGUAUCAUGUUCCCCUCCGGCAGCAUUGAUCCCUGGAUGGCCAACAGUGUGUUGUACACUCCCAGUGUGCGAGAGGCGACGCUGUGGGUCAAAGGGGCGAGUCACCAUGCAUGGACGCAUCCCUCCAAGCCAACCGACUCUGUCUACGUAAAGGCUGCCCGUGAGGCGAUCUGGCUCAAGGUCACUCAGUGGCUGGAGAUGGACGACUAACGUUAAGCAUUAACCUACACUCGGGAAGACAUAGACCCGUGUUUAAAUAGCGAGUCUGAGAAGUAAAGGAAACUACU